AUGGUUCGAAAAUACAAAAGAAAAACAGCUAGAGGUACAAUUCUACCUGAUAUUAUGCUUAAAGCUGUCAAAGCUGUAAAGAUAAAUAACCUAUCAAUCCGACAAGCUGCUUUAGAUUUCGAUAUCAAUUAUCGUACAUUAGCUCGCUAUUGCAAGAAGAUUCCAGAGGAGGAAUAUCAAUGUGAAGAUAUUACUGCUCCAACGAUUUCUGUGAGUUAUGUUAAAAGUAGAAACAUUUUUACUGAGUCUCAAGAACAAGGAUUGGUAAAUUACAUUCUACGUGCCUCGGAUAUUUAUUUUGGUCUCUCUCCCAAAGAAAUCAGAGUUUUGGCUUAUAAUCUAGCUCGCAAUAAUUCAAUUAAAGUACCUGCAUCCUGGAUUGAAAAUAAAAUGGCAGGAGAAGAUUGGUUCAGCUCACUGAUAAAACGUCACAAUAACAUUUCCAUACGAAAAGAAGCCACAAGUAAAGCAAGAGUGACAAGUUUCAACAGAACUAAUGCUGACUUAUUUUUUCAAAAUUUGGAAACAGUAAUGUCUCGUCAUCAUUUUCAACCUCAAGAUAUUUGGAAUAUGGACGAAACAGGUAUAACAACUGUCCAAGUACCAGAUAGAAUAGUUGCACGGAAAGGUCAUAAGCAAGUUGGAAGCAUUGUUUCGGCUGAAACGUGGAACUUUAAUCAUUAUGGCUUGUGCUAUAUCUACAAUAGGAAAUCACAUACCACAAGCUUUUUUGUGUUUCCUCGUGUACAUUUUAAAGAUUAUUUUAUUGCGUCUGCUCCACCUGGAUUAAGCGGCACUGCAAAUAGAUCGGGUUGGAUGCAAGAAGACAACUUUAAGCAAUUUUUUAAACAUUUCCAUGUUCAUGCAAAAUGCUCGACUGAAAAACCAGUUCUAUUGCUGUUGGACAACCAUAGUUCACAUCUCAGUAUUGAGAGUUUAAACUACGCAAAAGAAAAUGGAAUUGUGAUGUUAUCCUUUCCACCGCAUUGUUCACACAAGUUACAACCUCUGGAUAGGACAGUAUUUGGACCCUUUAAAAAAUAUGUAAACUCUGCUUGUGAUGCUUGGAUAUUAAACAACCCAAACCACACGACGAAUAUCUACAAUAUUCCUGAAGUUGUUGCUGUUGCUUAUCCUCUUACCAUGACACCAACAAAUAUUCAAGCAGGUUUUAAAUGUCUGGCAUAUUUCCUUAUAAUAAACAUUUUUUCUGAUUUGGAUUUCGCACCAAGUUUUAUUACUGAUAGGCCACCAGUUAAAGAAAAUAAAAAUAAUGACGAACAGCAAGCCAUGACAGAACAUAUAAUGGAUGUAGGAGGAAUCAGUUCUUCAGAGCGCCAUGUCGCCCAAUCGUUUUCUAAAAGGUCAGACGAAGGUUUUGAAAUAUUAAGCCCUCAAGAUCUCCGUCAUUUUCCUAAAGCUGGUCCACGAAAAAAUUUUCGUAAGUGCGCAAGAAAACGAGUAACAGCAAUUCUUACUGAUACACCAGUGAAGAGAAAAUUGGAGCUCGAAAAAAUAGAAAGUAAGGAGAACAGAAGAAAAGGGAAAGUAAGUCUAAAGAGAAAUGGGUCCAAUGCAUUCAAUGUAAAGGAUGGUCUCAUGAAGUAUGUGUUUCUGAUGUAUCACAUUGUAACUGUUGAAUCCUGUAUGUCUAUUGGCUGCGGAUAG